GUCUUGCAGUAGCGUGCACAUGGUUGUGGAUUUCCUCCCACCAUAAUGCUGGCGGCUGUCGUAAAAGGGAAAUGUUCUUGAGUGAAAGACUUAAAUAAAAUAAAUAUAUUUUGCACAAGUCACUAUUUUAUGUCUUUAAAAUUUUGUAGGCUUAGCACCACUUACACCAUCAUCUGCCAUCAUCAUCCUUCAUCAUCCAUCAUACCAGUACCGACACAGAAACCAUGUCUCAGAAUGGACAUCAAGGAAGUGGGGACCAGAAUGUUGAUAACCCAAGACAUGAUGAAUAUAAUUAUUUGACUGCCAUACAGCAAAUCUUAGACCAUGGACACCGGAAAUCAAACCGCACUGGAACAGACACAUUAUCCUUGUUUGGGGUACACAUGCGGUACAACCUCAGAAACAGUUUCCCGUUGCUGACCACAAAACGGGUGUUUUGGAAAGCUGUGGCUGAGGAGUUACUGUGGUUCAUCCAAGGAUGUACUGACUCCAGAAAGCUGAAUGAGAAGGGGGUGAAGAUCUGGGACGCCAAUGGUGCCAAGGAGUUUCUGGCAAAACGAGGCUUGGGUCAUAGAGAAGAAGGUGACCUUGGCCCAGUGUACGGUUUCCAGUGGCGCCAUUUUGGAGCCGAGUACAAAGAUUUCAACACAGAUUACACAGGACAAGGUGUGGACCAGUUACAGGACGUUAUCAAUAAGAUCAAAAAUGACCCAGAUGACCGACGGAUUAUCAUGAGCGCUUGGAAUCCAGUUGAUUUACCCAAAAUGGCCCUACCUCCUUGUCACAGUUUCUGCCAAUUCUAUGUUGUGAACGGAGAGUUGUCAUGUCAGAUGUACCAGCGCUCAGGCGACAUGGGGCUUGGAGUGCCUUUUAACAUUGCCAGCUAUUCGCUACUCACUUACAUGAUAGCCAAGGUAACUGGUUUGAAGCCCGGUGACUUUGUACACUGUAUUGGGGAUGCUCAUGUAUAUGUGAACCAUAUCAAGCCUCUUAAAGUACAGCUGAAGAGGACACCACGGCCGUUCCCAACGCUCACUAUCACCAGGGAUGUCCAGAACAUUGAUGACUUUACCAUGGAAGACUUCAAACUAGAAGGAUACAACCCCCAUCCCAAGAUACCAAUGGAUAUGGCCGUGUGAUGUCAUUCAAAAUGAAUGUUUUUGAUGACCAAUAAUUAUGCAUAUAUCUCACAACUGCUGGAAUCUUAUGUUAUCGCAACCUGCCUGUUAUGAAAGGGUGGUAGAACAUACAUGAAUAGGAUCUCUGAAACAAAGAUAAUGUUUGUAAGCCAAAUGAAGAAAAUUAUGGCAACAAAAAUUUUCCACUUUAGGGUAUUUGUUACACCUGUUAUUUACCCCUCGAUUUUAUGCAUGUUUUCCGUCUAUGUUCGGAUUUCUUUGGAAAUUUCUUACGUUAUUUUUGAUUUUGCUUGGAGUACAAAGAACACCCUGAAAUGCGAACUGUGGUCGCCAUAGUGACGAACCCAAACGCAUUUAACUGAUCAGUUAGUGCCGUUUUGAUUUUCUUAUUUCAAGCAAACAAGGCAUUCAUUCAUACAUAUUUUCCCUACAUUCAUACACGGUUUGUUGUGCCAGUUUUAGUUUUUCCAAAAAGAGAGGGAUGGUUUCAGCCGUCAGCUUCUUCAAAUUUCCACGUGGUGUUUCAACAAGAAUGGACAUGGACAGGGAAGCGAUCCAACUUUUCCCCAAAUGAUGAGAUAGAAAUGCUCUGAGCUGUCACUGUUAGACUUCUCUAUUAUUCAAACAGUCGUAUACUUUUGGCUGAAACAGGUAUACUGAGUGACAUGUCUUCCAUGGCUUGUAAAUUUACAUAAAGUGAUCACUAUUCACUUAUACUGCUGCACAUGGUUUGAUGUCAGCUGGCUGUUAGCUGUGUGGCGAUUUUGCUAGAGACAGUAUAUUAUUUCAUAUAAUUGCAUGGGAGGUUAGGGGUUAAUUUUCUGCCUUGUCCAUAACGUAGACACAGGUUUUACCGGUAGAAUGUAAAUUUUUAUGGGUUAGACAUAUCCUUAAAUUAAAUUAGAAUUUUUGUGGAAUAUUUUGAAAUAUAUAUAUAUUUUUUGUAACAUAUGGAGACAGGAUAUUUUGUGGACUCAUGAGAGCAAGUUGUUUUUGGCGCCUUAAUAUAACUUUUGAAGGACACAGUUUCCGUGGACCCCUGUCCCUUCCAACGUAAGAAUUUUAACACUUGAUGACUUAAUUAGAACACCAUAUUUCACGUAUAAUACACUGACAUGUUGAAGGAGUUUCUCUCCAAGCUUGGUGAUCAGAUAUUGUUUGACUAGGUUGCAAACAACAGUUUUUUUUUUUUUAGCGACCUUAAGUUUGGCGAAACAUCCGCCAUUGUUAAUAUUUUGAAGUGACAAAUUCGAGUAUAGUUUCCAUUACUUUUGGACAUAUUCUUGCUGUAACAAACCACGUACGGCAUCUUUCCAGUUAAAACAACAUUAGUACUCACUGACUGUGGCAUGAUUUUGGCAUAAAACGUCCUUUGUACCAAGUUUAAGACACAAUCAUUUUUUUUUUUUUUGUGGUUGUUGUUGUUGCUUCGCCGCGCACGAUCGUCGUUCACGGUGAACUGCCGCUAGACGAGGUUGUCUACUUUACGACAUCCUUUAGUGUUAAACUCAUAUUGAAGAGUUUCAAAAGGGGCAUUAACUUGUAUUUGCGAAAGUAAAUAGUUUCACUCCACAGGCUCAUCUUCUUUCUACCUACAAGUUAUUGUUCAUCUUUCCAUUAUUAAGAGAAAAAAAAUGUGCCAUGACAUUAGAUACGCAUGUACAUGUAUAGUAUUUCUAUACACAGAUGUUGUUACUUUGGUAUUAGCCAAUCAGUGCUCUGAGUACCAUCCUUGGUACUCAUGAAUAUUUAUGAGCGUAGACUGUAAAUACUGGGAAAAUUCCCACUUUUAGUCACAGAUGAUCUCGGACCACCAUCGUGUUAACAUCUAAAUUUCCACCUAGUUAGCUUUCUAAGGCAGGUAUUUUACAUGUAUAUAAGCAGUGUAAAGUGGUAGCUAGAUAAGUUGUCAGCACUGAAGUGGGAUUUCAGCUUUAGAGCAUACCUGGAGACAGUGGGACUGCUAGACCCAAAUUGUGACACGUGUUCCCAGGCUGUGGGACUGACUUUCCCAGGCUGUGAGACUGAUAUUCCCAACCAUGAUUGAGACAGUAUAUCUUAAUAGUUUGUAACUGGGAUUUUCUGGACCAAAAUUUUAUAAUUCCCAAGUAUGAGCUGAAACAUUUAUACUGGGAGAAUUUGUGCCUAAGUGCCCCUGAGCAAUAGUGGGACUGGGAUUCCCAGUUUCGGCACAGUGAGACACUGAGUCCCAGAAUUUGAAACUUGUUUUCCCAAGUUAUUACUGGACCAAUUCUGGAACUGUUACUCCCAGAGAAGACCUGAAAGUAUUAUUUACGGAUAAUGUCCCCACACAUGGCUGACAUAUUGUCUAUAUGACACCAGUAGGACAUACCACUAUCACAGCAGUACUAGGUUUAAUACCUCCCUGAGAUAUCCCUAACACAGUUAUCUGAACCAUCUGAAGUACAGAUGUUGUGCUUGUACACAGUACUGGCACUUUUACCUAUAUAUAUAUAUCAACAUACUCCUGUCACUCUAUUUUAAUAAAACUGUUGCUGCUGUUUGUUGAACCUUAAAAAUCGGACUUUUCUUGGUUAUUCGAAGUUCAGAGCUAACUAGUGGUUUUCCCAAACAUACUACUGAAUGACACGGACUGACCGAGCUGACAUUCAAAAGAAUCCAUAGUAGCGAACGUCUCCAGCAGUAUACAGAUAUUGUUCCAGAGUUCGACACUGGGUGCUUCACGCUACCAAUAUUGUGCUUUCCCCUGUAGUAAAUGGUGUGAUUUGGAACUGGGAUAUCUGUAUCGUUAAGAAGAUAUAUAUAUAACAACAAAUCGCUACAGCUGUAAAUACAUGUAUAUAUACUGUAGGCAAGGUGAUAAGUGCUCAGACACUACAUUACUUUGCUGGGCCGGCUUAGUGUUCCCAGACCCCAACCCAAACCCACACCUCCUACCCCAAACCCCAUCCUAUUUGGUCUGUCCCCCCACAGAGUUCUUUCUAACAGUGGUCAUCACUGACGCCACCCGGGGCAAGUUACUUAACUGCCAGACUGACCGCUGAGGCCUUAAGAAAACUGAACUUUAAAGCCAUUUUUACCUCCCAGUAUGAUUUAUUUAUUUAUUUGAUUGGUGUUUUACGCCGUACUCAAGAAUAUUUCACUUAUACGACGGCGGCCAGCAUUAUGGUGGGUGGAAACCGGGCACAGCCCAGGGGAAACCCAUGACCAUCCGCAGGUUGCUGGCAGACCUUCCCACUUACGGCCGGAGAGGACCUCCCAAUAUGAAGGCAGAAAUUUUUUUAUGUACUCGGUGGUACUCAUCUUAUUACACAUCCUAAGCACGUUACACAUUAGGCAAUUCCACAAGGUUACAUGAAAUAUAUGUCAGAUACAUGUUUAUCCGUUAACGCUUCAUAGCUCAGUAUUUUUAUAUACACUGUUGUGACACCAAAUGAUUUCGUUAGGUAGUGAGAUUCAUAUAUAGCAUUUCAUAACCUGCAGUUUUUACAUUUACCCGCCUAGGCGUUACAUUGAACUAUGUUGUACUCAAGGUAAUGCGAUAGGACAGAAACAUUGGUUAACUUUGUGACAUGUUUUGUUAUACUCAUUACAAGUAUCCUCUCUUCUUACAGGAUAGCAAACAUGUUUUGCUAUACUUAUUACAAGUAUCCUCUCUUCUUACAGGAUAACUGAGAAGACAACGCCUUAUUUAUAAAGAAUGCUGCAUUUUUAACCCAGAUUACAAUCUCAUUUGAUUUCAGACUUCAUAAGUACAUAUUUAACCUAUUUAGUAUAAAACUGGAUAUUUCAGUUUUAUCUUGGUUGAAUCACCAUCUUGGAUUAUGUGAGUAUUUUGUUUUAAAAUAUGGCCUCCUGUUGUGAAUUUAUAGCAUUGAAAAGUAAUGAAGCUGAAAUAUGGCAGCAUACCAAUGCACGUGUAUAUAUAUGCCAAGAAACAGUGCUUUUUACUUGUGGAAAAAAAUGUCCAAUGGCCUAAUGUCUCCACUGCAGAUACCCAACUCUGUGCAAA